AUGACGCUGGGUCUCCGGAGCUUUGAAAGCCACACGGGCCAAGGAACCUGUUACAACUUCGCUCAGCCCCUGUUCUCACCGGCUUACAAGCCAGCAGAGGCUUCGGUUGCGUCUAGGAUAAAAUGCAAGCUCCGCACCAUCUCCCGAAAGGACCGCAGGGAGCUGGUCCCGGCUGCACUCCAGCCACACCCCUCCUGGAUGCCCAUUUCCAGCCUUUUUGCUCAUCUCGUGGGCUUUGCUCUUUCAGUUGUGAUACCAGCUCUGUUCUUUUCCAGGAAGAGCUGUAGGAACAGUCACAGCUUGACAACUGAGCACAACCUGGGCGUGCUGAAAACUCACGGUGUCGACCACCUGAGCUACAGUGAGCUCUGCCAGCUCUUGUUUCAGAACGACCCCUGGAUUUUGCCAGAGAUCUGCCUUCACUACAAUAAAGGAAAUGGACCCUAUGGCUCUUGUUCCUUUCAGAAGCAAUGUACGAAACUCCAUAUCUGCCAGUAUUUUUUACAGGGUGAAUGCAAGUUUGGUACUAGCUGUAAGAGAUCCCAUGAUUUCUCUAAUUCUGAGACUCUGGAAAAACUGGAGAAGUUGGGCAUGAGCUCACACUUGGUGGGCAGGCUGCCUUCCAUUUAUAGGAAUGCGUAUGACAUCAAGAAUAAGAGCUCCGCCCCUGGCAAAGUGCACCUUCCGGAUCUAGGGACUUCUGGAAGAAAAGAUAGUUCAGGUUCUAUGUCCCCAACCACUACUAACCAAGAGGAGAAUGAUGAGAUCUGCUUAUACCAUAUCCGGAAAAGUUGUAGCUUUCAAGAUAAAUGCAAUAGAGUUCAUUUCCAUUUGCCAUAUAGAUGGCAGUUCUUGGAUGGAGACAAAUGGAAGGAUUUGGACAAAAUGGAGCUUAUCGAAGAAGCAUAUAGCAAUCCCAGAAAAGACAGGAUCCUAUGCGCUGAGUCAGUCGGUGAUUUUCACUUUGAUUAUCUGAACUUCGACUCCAUGACGUUCGGCACUGCCCGGGCUCGCCGCCUCUCCACGGCUUCGUCAGUCACCAAACCUCCACACUACAUUCUCACCACCGAGUGGGUGUGGUACUGGAAUGAUGAAUUUGGUUCUUGGCAGGAAUAUGGAAGACAAGGCAUGGAGCACCCCGUGACCACUGUCAGCAGCAGCGAUUUGGAGAAGGCCUACCUGGCGUACUGCGCCUCAGGGUCUGAUGCCCAGGCAGCCAUAAUGAAGUUCGAGGCUGGAAAGCACAAAUACAAGUUAGACUUCAAAGCCUUCAUUCAGAAAAACCUGCUCUAUGGCACAACCAGAAAGGUUUGUCGGAGACCCAGAUACGUGUCUCCUCAGGAUGUGAAGGUGAAGCAAACCUGCAGUGUCAAGUUUCCAGGCCCAAAGAGCAUCCCAGACCAUUGGGACCCCUCGGCUCUGCCAGACCUCGGCUUUAAGUUGAUCGCCCUCAGUUCUUCCUCAGAAGAAUAUCAGAAGGUCCAGAACCUCUUUAAUCAUACGCUGCCCUUCUGCAUCCAGAAGAUUGAGCGAGUCCAGAACCUGGCUCUCUGGGAAGUCUACCAGUGGCAGAAAGGGCAGAUGCAGAAGAGAAAUGAAGGGAAGGCGGUGGAUGAGAGGCAGCUGUUCCAUGGUACCAGUGCCAGUUUCGUCGAAGCCAUCUGCCAGCAGAACUUUGACUGGCGGGUCUGUGGUCUUCAUGGCACUUCCUAUGGCAAAGGGAGCUACUUCGCCCGAGAUGCUGCGUAUUCCCACCACUACAGCAAAUCCAGCUCAAAGGUGCACACGAUGUUCCUGGCUCGGGUGCUGGUGGGCGAGUUCACUCGAGGCAACACCUCCUUCGUCCGCCCCCCAGCCAAGGAGGGCCAGGGCAACGUCUUCUACGACAGCUGCGUGAACAGCAUGUCCGACCCUUCCAUCUUUGUGGUCUUCGAGAAGCACCAGGUCUACCCAGAGUACGUCAUCCAGUACACCACGUCGGCCAAGCCUGCGACCGGGGCCUUCAGCCUGCUUUCCCUGUCAUCCUUCUUUGGCUUCCGGGAGUGAACACGAGGACGUUUUAUGUGUUUCAGGCUUGUCUUCCUUGAAAUAGCUAUUUGGGAAAGUGGGUUUUGGGGGUUUUUGUUUGUUUGUUUUUUAAACGAAAAAGCUUUUAAUGAACUGUUUAAUGUUGACUUCUUGAUGAAGUUACAUUCUUAAUCUCUUGCUGAUAGUAGUUUUCGGUUUUAAGUCACUUGAUUUCGGUGGCGGGCUAACCAGUAGUGAUUGUAGGCGAGCCCAUUACUGCUUUUUACUAGGAUGUUAAGCUUUUUUUUACUCUUUGUUGACUUUGCUGCUGAUUGGCACCAGUCACAGAGUUUCCAGAUACUAUUUUAUGGAUUGGUUCUAAUUUUUAAGAAUUUCUUUCUCUCCAGUGAUUUAAUUUUUCAGGAUCUUGGUGGCAUCUUGUUGGUUUUUUUUUUUGUCAGAAUAACACAGUAGCCUAUGGUAUGGAAAAGCCUACCUUGUGGCCUAGGGAGGCACAGUCAUUGUGUCCGUUGCUCUGGCUCUAAUCCAGGCAGCUUUUCUGCUGCUUCUCUUGGGCUUCUGGACUUGGUAUUAGGCCAUCUGUUACACUGUCAGACAAGUGGCUACUGUGGGUGUCAUCGAGUCCCUGCUGGUUUCCCUUUGUCACGGGCACGGUCCGUGAAUGCUAUCCCUGAAUGCUAUCCCUAUGUCUCUUAAGCUCACUGGACAUCUUCUGAAUAUGGGUUUUAUGUCCCCAUGAGAUUAGAAUACCUGUGCUGCAAAUGUCACAAUAGAGUAUGGAAAUAAAAGAAUAUUUAUCUGAA